UGUUCGCCGAGGUUAACAGUGAGGUGGUUUGGUGUAGCUGCUGAAGUGAAUCAUUUUCAGACGUUCCAUGAGAAUUUCGACUGGUUCUUGCUUGUUCGAGAUUCAACAUACAUCAAUCCGUUUGAACUGAAUCGUUUCAUCAAUAGUGUAAAUUGGAAUCAGCCGGUACUGAUCGGUUAUCCAGCACAAGACGGAAGCGGUAGAUGUAUGAUGGAUGCAGGGGUUAUACUCAGCAAUCCAUCAAUGCAAAAACUUAUCCAACAGCGACAUGCCUGUAAUCUUCUUGCUAGUGGUUCUGAUGCCGAUCAGCUGGCUUUUGAGAAGUGUCUGCAGCUUGGCCACGAAUCUCUCUUGCAGCAGCGAAUACCAGUUUACAAGGUGUGGCAUGUAGAUGGUGCACAGACGGCUCAUGAUGCUAUUGAUAAAUGGCGAACACACGAUAGUUUUAAUCAGUCAAUAGCAGUAACGAAGUUACUGUCAGAUGCUGACGCAUCCGCUUUACAUGACCAUUUUGUGAGCGUGGAGGUUGCUAAGGUUGAUGCUGAGAUUGCCUCGAUGGAAAUGGAACUUAAUGAACUUCAAAAGGACACGGAUGAAGGUCCAACAUGGCCAGCGGCGGUACCUGCGUACAGUAAACCACCUAAUCGUUACCAGGUCAGAUUUUCCUCGAGUUCU